AUGAUGGUUCUGACUCUUGCCAAGGAAGGGAUCCUGGCUUAUAUGCUCAGGCAUGGCUGUUCCUCUCGUGUGACUGCUUGCACAUCACUUGGAAAGGAGAUGUCAUUCAUGUGUCCAUUUGACUUGAUUUUCGAUGAAUCUCUUGAAGAGUGUGUCGAUUACCGAGUAAGCGCGAAUUGCUCCACGGAUGAAAAGCAGUCAAGGAAUGGCACAAAAUUGCAAACGCUUGCGGGCGGUCAAGUGUACGACGAGUCGCAAUCGCUAUGCGUAGGACCAGGAGAGCUCGAUGCCUGUAAUCUUGCUACUUCUGGUACUGAAACAACAACUGCCUCCUCUGAGGAGUCAUCUGGAGCAGAACCAAUAUUGGGCAAUGGGACAACUAUAGACUGCGGAGAAUUGGCUGGAGGGUUUUACGAUAUCGCAAAAUGUUCACCGUACUACCUCAACUGUCCUGGAAAUUUAGCUCGUGUUGCGAAAUGCUCAGACAAGCUCGUUUACGCUAGGAACAUAAGUGGUUGUGUUGAGCCAACAUAUGUGGACGAAUGUAAUGAACAGCUGGAAGCAUCUGCUGACUGUAAAGAGGACGGCUUUUUCUCGUAUGGAAACUGCUCGGAUCAAUUCUAUGGCUGACGACAAUUUACCAUGAAAUGCCCCGCCAGCUUAGUAUUUGACGAAAAUAGACAGAUGUGUGAUUACCCUGACGUUGUAGACAUUUGCGCCGAAUCCUCUGCGGAGGAGUCUGGAUCCAGCUCAGGAGAGGACUCGAGCUCUGGACCUGCCGAAGAUUCGGGCUCUGGUUCA